AUGGCAGACCUGCAUGAGGGUAUUGGUCACGGGAGCGUGGGACUGGGGGCUGGCAUCUCCCGCCAACUUCUGCAGAGGGAAAGCUCUCAGCAACAACUCUCCUCUUUCAACAGCCAGGCCACUCUCUCUUUGGCGGAGUUCUACAAGUCAUUGGCGUUGAAGAUGAUGAUCAUCUGGGCCAUGUUAGACCGUCACGACAUCUUUGGCCUAGUGGCUCCAAGUGGUGUUCUUCAGAGACUUGAAUUGUGCCAGCUCAUCAGCAAAGCAAGCCUCUUUGACAAGCUUGGCAUCAAUAUCAGUCUCAGUGCAUGGACGAGCUGCGUUCCUCUCACGUUGUGGCUGGAGCUACAAGCUAGUUGUGGUGUUGAAAGCUCAGAUGCUGUGGUUGAAACAUGUCUGGUAAGAGCUCGGUUCGCGCUGUUAACCAGCUUUAUCCCCGUCGGACCCGAAAGUGAUUGGUUGUUGAGCAAGCAGCCACAUUGA